UUUCCGCGACUGGCGUCCGUGUUCGCGAAAAUCGUCUUUUGUAAUCAUUUCGCUUCUUGUCGCCGCCGUGGUCGUCGUUGUCGUUCUAUUGUCGCGUAGUCGUCGUCGUCGUCGUCGUGGUCGUGGUCCCGUGGUCCUCUUCAUCCGCGGUGUGGCACGUUUGUCUUGGCUGUGUGUUCGCUCGUCGUUACGGAUGCGAGCCUCCUUAAGCGGCGAUGAAGCGUUUACGAGGACGCGGCUGGUACCCUUAAUGGACCCGCGAGGCUUUUUUGCUCGAGCCUCCUUCGUUUUCCACAGUUUCUGACUCGAUCGCGAACGAGACGGGACAAAGAGCGCUGAGCGCGCGUGGUCGACGCGUGGAAACGAGACUCGAGAGAACACGUGAGACCCGGCAUCGUCGUCAGGGGCAAUCGUGAUCGAGCUGCACGUUCGAACGGACUCGCGUGUAAAUGCUUCGAAGGCCACCGUCUUGGAAGCGUUCAUCCGGUUGACAGAGGUCCGGGUUGGUUUGACUUGGAGAACGUGCUCGGCUCGCUGACUGCGCAUCCACCGAUACCCAGUGGAGUGGAAGGAAAAAGGCGGUGGUAUUACGGUGAACCACAGGAACGGGGAUCCUCCUUGGCUUGGAAGAGGUUGGCGGCGGUACCAGAUCCGCGCAUGCUUCAGCAACGAGGCGGUUCAGUAACGACACCACCCGCGACGUCAUCCACCAACAUGUUCCCCCAACAAUAUUGCCUACGAUGGAAAUACCAUCACAGCAACUUACAGACCAUGUUCUCACAGCUGCUCGAGCGGCAAGCUUAUUGCGACGUCACUCUGGCCUGCGAGGGCAAGACUCUCAGAGCGCACAAGGUGGUUCUAUCAGCAUGCAGCACGUAUUUCGACACGAUCCUGUCCCAGUACGAGGAGAAAGACCCCAUCGUUAUAAUGCGGGACGUUAAAUUCUCAGACAUCAAAGUGCUGGUCGAGUUUAUGUACAAGGGAGAGAUCAACAUUGAUCACACGAGAUUGUCGUCCCUGUUGAAAACCGCGGAGGAUUUGCAUAUCAAGGGGCUGGCCGAGGUGAGCUGGCGUAGCGAUUCCACGCAAAAUGAUCUAGGAAACAGCGGUCACAGUCCCGGUGCGGCGACUCCAGGUGUCGAGACGGUCCUUAGGGAAGGCGAUGCCGACGAGCCGCCACCGCCGAAGCAAAGACGCAGAGGGCGUCCGCCUCUGGACGAUCCACCCUCGGCCCACGACGUUUUCACACCGAAGAUCACAUGUAUUACUGGAAAUGAGGAAAUGAUGAGCGAGGGCGGUGACCACGAGAGUUGGGACGACGAGAUGAUGAUGAACGAAAAUAACGAAACGCCACUGCCGAUGCUAUCGUACAUGUCGAAGGAUGACAGCGCAUCCGACCAGGAAAAGAAAGCGCCUACCACACCCUCGAAUUCCAACGCCACGAAUCCAUCGAUCCCUGAACAAUUCCGAGACGUCGUGAAGAUGAACGAUUACCUGACGACGGGACGCCGCCAAGAGUUCUGGGAGGAGCCGUUCACGCGACGCGUUAUGGACGCCAUUAAGAGCAAAGAACUGGAAAUGAAGACCGCCGCUGAGAUACUUGGCGUGUCUUACGGAACACUCUAUGGCAGAUAUCGCGACAGUUAUGGUUGCCUUAAACAUCCGUAUAGAGUAAGGGAUUUUUGGUCAGAGCCAGGCCCGGCGGAGGUGUUGGCCAAGCUACGAAGGAAAGAAAUCACGUUGUUCCGUGCAGCUGAGUUCCUGAACGUGACCGUCCACACGUUGGCCACCUAUCUGUCGACGCUGCAGGGCCCGGACAGAAUUUCGCUGGCCGGUGACCUGAGCGUGGCGUCCGGUGCCAUCGAUGGUAACAACGAGACACCGGAGAACAACGAGUCGGUGAACGACAUACUGCAGAAAAUCAACGCGAACGCGGCCACCACAGCUACACCGACAACCUCGACGCCCAUCAAAAGAGAAGGCGGCGGUUACAUCGAGGUGCCCACGCCCGUCCCAAAGCCAGCCACCUCCGUGUUGGAGAACAACCCGGACAUCACGAUCGUGAAGACAGAGAACAUGCCACGCAAACGGGAAUACGCGAAAGUAUCGAACACGGAGAACAACAACGCGAAGCUGAUGAGCGGCGGUGCAGUGAGCGAGGUGACGCAGCAGCAGCAGCAGCAGCAACAACAGCAGAAGAUCACCGAUCCGUUGUCGUUGAACAACGACAACAGCAAACCCUAACUAUUCAGGCCUUAUCUGCAACCGGCGAAUCCCCGUGCACCAAGCGCUAACUACAGAUCCGAGCUGUGCCCUCGCAGAUUCUAUUCGAAUGUGUUUACUCGUUUCCUCACGAAUUUUCAUUUAAAGUAGAAGAAGAAGAAGAAGGGAGGAAAACGGAAGGAAGGUGGGGAGGCGUUGAUAAUUAUUCGUCGUCGUGACGUCGUCGUCGCAGCCUUGGCCCGUUCGUUGACUCUCCAGGCACGCCAGCCCACGCCAGCGAAAAGAAAAAAGAAAAAAGAAAAAAAAAAACGUAGCUUUAGACAAUCUCGCGUGUACGACGGUCGUCGUCGUCGUCGUCGUCAUCGUGGCAUAGGUUGGAAGUCGCGUCGACAACCACAGGCGAAACUGCCGCGAGUAAACCAGGAAAAUGAGAGAAAAAGACGUUCCAGAGCGAGGGUUCUAGCGAGGGAUAGCAUUUAAGAGCGGAGCCGGCUUUAUUAUUCGACGGGACAGAGGAACUUGCGAAGCGCGAGGACUUGUUGCGUUCCGGUGGUCCUGCCUUCGGAUCCCGGCUCGAUUCUAUCCCUUCCCCGUUGCACGGAAGCAACCGCCUGCCGCGCGUAUAUUUUCCAGAUAAAAAAAAAAGA